AUGUUUCACCGGAGGGGUACCUAUCUCCAGCGCCUGUCCAAACUGUACUCGGACACCAAGCAGUCGUAUGAGAGCGCAAAGGUCACGCCAGCCGCGGCCAAUGUCACCGAUUUGCCCGAAGUCAGAGAGCUACGACGCGACUUUCAAAUCCAGCAGGACAGACUGCUAGCAUGGGGCAUGCACUGGACCGAUGUUGGAGCCCCGUAUUCGGCACAAGGCGAUGUCGACAUCGACAAGAAAAUCGACCAGGCCGGGCUCGGUGAAGUGGUGGCGAGCGUCAUGUCGGAGAUCAAACGUUUACUCGAAGAGAGUGGCAGACUUGAGCAUCCCGAGAGGUACGAGAUGAAGAAGUCGGCACGAGGGCCGGGCUCGAGUCCCGUCGCCCAGCGAAAGGACUGGACGAGUCACGAGGUCAGGACUGGUCGGACGCUGCUUGACCAGCUGACCACUUGCAUUGAUGUGCUGUACAGCCUGGAGGAGUCAAGGAGGGCCGACGAGAAGGGCAGCGAUGCAAAGAGAGCCAAACAUGCUCAUCCGCAGCCUGCUCCCGAUGGAACCGACCACGCCCACCUCUACGACCAUCCUUUACACGUGGACUGGAACGGACUGGAGUUCAAUGUAUCGAAUUUCCAGGCAGCUGAUCCGCCUCCAUAUGACCCAGCUGAGGGCUCAACACCCACGCGAGAAAGGUCCAUCGCCUAUUUUCGACAAGGUGCCUGCCCGGUGCUCGUCGACUUUCUCGCCGCUGACUGUCCACCCUAUGUGAUCGGCAGUGCAGAGGAUGUCUUCGAGCUUCAUGAGCUUGGAGAGAAACUCUGCAAGAACCGCGACUUGUCUUGGUGCGGCCACCUGAGACUCCUCGGCUUCACCGUCGACCCGAAUGGACCUCGUUGUGCCAUGGUCUAUGCUUUGCCCGAAGGCCAUGAUCACAAAACCUUGCAGCAACACAGGACCCUUGCGUCCCUGCUGGCCUCUAGCAACACCCACGAAGGAUCACAGCCGGCUCUGGAAGAUCGUUUCCGUCUAGCAUACAACCUUGCGCUUUCCAUAAUGGGUUACUUUGCGCAGGGCGAGACCCAUCAGUACGUCAACAGCAACAACAUCUUGCUUGUCGGGACGAGGGAGCACAUUCACCGUUCCAGCAUGCCACGGGAGCUGAGGUCGCCGUAUCUGCUCCAAUCUUGCCAGGAUUUCCUGUCGCGACUACAGACAGAAGAGCCAUUCUCGGCAACGAUCUACCGGCAUCCUGAUCAUGACAUCCAUGCAUCGGAGGUAGUCCCUGCCUACGACAUCUAUAGUCUGGGAUUGCUCCUGCUGGAGAUUGGCCUGUGGGUGCCGCUACAGAAACUGUGGAAACCAAAGUACGACCGCGACAUCUUCAUGGAGAGAGUCCAGCGUAUAUACGCACAUAAGCUCGCCCCGAAAUGCGGGAGCAAGUACAUGCGCGUCGUCCUGAAAUGCUUGCAAGCCCCAGAUGAGCUGCAGUAUAGGAACAAUUACGAAGAUGCGGGAGCGUUCCUGCUUCAGGUUGCAAAGGACCUCCAGCAAUGUUGCAUCUUGGACGAGGAAGGACCUCCCCCGGUCUCUGAUAUCGAAGUCUUCGAACUUUUGGUCAUCGAGCAAAUGGUCAAGGCCGAAGAGAAAGCAGCGGUAGAGGAGAAGAAGUUGCCAUCCAUGCCCGGGAGUUACGACGAGGUCAAACCCGAAGUUCCAAAGCGAACACACUCCAAGCGUAAGGCAGAAGCCAUCCAGCAACCGCCGCCGGCGGUGGAGAAACCUCUGCGGAAAUGGCCCGAUGUCGAUAUCCCUCAGCAAGACUUGGACCAGUGGAAUACCAUGGUGAUGCCGAAACUUGGGAAGAUACUUGAGCAUGCUCUCAAGGACUCGCCUGAAUCGUCCUGCAGUCUGAGUCUGAUGAUGUUCGGGAGCAGACCGGAGAGUGCAAAGACAACCAUAUGUAUACAAUGUGGGCAGGUCAACAAAGUCCGUGAUGUCUUGAGGAAGAAGUUCCGACCCAAGAAGGGCUGGGGAGUCGUCCUCCUCAACGGCGAGGUCAGAAGAAGCGGUACGCGCCGGAGAAGAAAGCCGCGACGAUCUGGGUACGGCUCGCACAAAGGCCCCAAAGCCAUGGCUCGAAGACCUCUCGAACAGAAAUACCAGGAGAAGCCCACCAGUGGAGCCAGCAUCGGCGCCUUCAAGGACUGCGAGCACCUCCCACCUGUGUCCUUUGGCGGCACCAUCCUGGUUGACGGCGAACCCUACGGCAUGACGGUCCACCACAUGCUCGACAUCCCCAGCGACGACGAAGAGGAAGAUUUUGAUGACGACGACGUCGUCCGGCGUAGCGAACAGCAAAUGUCCCAGCCUCGCCGGGCCAUGGCGCCGCGGAAGAUGCCCGGCCAGUAUGACAUUGCAGCCGAUGUACGUUUCAUGCAAUCCGAGGAAGACCUCUCCCGCUUCUCCGACCUAGACAUAUCUGACGAGGACUUUGAGAAUGACAGUGACGACGGAAGCGAUGCGAGCACGAUCCGGCCCGACUACGCGAUCAUGGACGCAGAUGGCAACGAGUUCUGGUUCCUGGACGAUACGCCAGAACUCGAAGACGACGACGACGACGGGUUCGACGCAUCAUCCUCAUCCGAGGAAGAUGUAGACGCCGACGACGACGCCGCCUCGAUAGGCGAUAAGCGAGGCAUAGCACCCUACUCGGACGACGACCUCUGCGUGACGCAGCCCGCCAUCGACGACGUGGACGACGACUUCUUCCCCAGCGAAGAGGACCGCGACGACGACCACCUCGCCUCGCACGCCUUCGGCUACGUCUUCGCCAGCAGCGGCAUCCGGCGCGUCAAACGCGACGAGAUGAAACACGAAGUCGACUGGGCGCUGAUCCGUGUGCAGGAAGACCGCCUGAAAAUCGAGAACGCCAUCGCGGACAAAAUCACGGCGUCGAACCCUCCCACUGCAAGGAACCGGCAGGUGUCGUCAUCGUCGUCCCCGGGGCACUGCAACAUCCCCGUCCUCACGACCAUUACGCCCCUGUCGUCCCUCUCGGGCCUGCGCGUCCACUGCCGAGGCCGGUCGAGCGGCUUCCGCCGCGGCCGCAUCAGCCAAGCCAUGUCUCUGGUCAAGAUGCACGGGCGGCAAUCCUUCUCCACGUCCUUCUGUGUCGAAGGCGGCUUCGGCAUCCCCGGCGACAGCGGCGCCUGGGUCUACGACCCCGUCAGCGGCGGACUGUGCGGCCACGUCCUGGCGUGGGGCGAGAAGAGCAAGACCGCGUACAUCGCGCCCAUGGAGGUUCUGUUCGAGGACAUCAAAAACCGGCUCGGCGCCGAGGAGGUCGAAUUGCCUAUUCCUGAGGGGUUAACCACCAAGCAUGGCCCUCGGGUGAGCGUCAAGGAAGACUCGGGCAUCGGCAUGGAGUCCAUGGGCGAGGAGAUGGCGAGUAAGUUGCGGGAAAUGAGGAUCGAUGAUGGUCGGAAUCUUGCCGUAGGGACGUCGUCGUCGGGCCCACAAGCUCCUGGCAAUCCUGGUGGUGGUGGUGGAGGUGGUUCUGCUGCUGCUGGGAAGACAAAGGGAGUCGUCGGCGUCCGGCCGCUGAGAGUCAUGGCUGGCGCGGUGUCUUGA